AAAACAGCGCGUAACCGACGCGGAUGGUACAUUUUGCCGUAGAAAAGUGACAUAUCGAGGUGUAGCGAACGAGUAAGCAAGCAAAAUCGUACAACGAUGCACGUGUCGGUGAUCCUCGGCGUAGUGUUGCUACAGGCGAUUUACGUGUCCGCCGGGCCACCUGACUGGAUACCCGCGGAAAUGUUGGAGAUGGUUCAAGCUGACAAGGAACGGUGCAUGGCCGAACACGGAACGUCUCAAGCGCUCAUCGACGAAGUUAAUGACGGAAAGCUGACGAAUGACCGAACUAUAACGUGUUACAUGAACUGCCUCCUCGACGCCUUCAGUUUGGUCGAUGAAGAGGGUAACUUAGAAGCUGAUAUGCUGAUAAGCGUUAUCCCGGAGCAAUUUCAAGAGAUAGGUAACAAGAUUUUGAACAAAUGCGCUAAGCAAGAUGGCGCGGAUGCAUGCGAAAAGAUCUACGAAGUGGCGAAAUGCGUCCAAGGAACAGUACCAGAGCUGUGGUUUAUGGUUUAAUUCGACGCAUGGGAGGAGAGUCAGCUCCACAAUCACGUGCGACGACAUUCUCCAACAUGUUUCGCGCAUAACGUUAUGAAGUAAAACAACUCGACCGUGGAGAUAAAUACGAGACAAAGAAGUAGCCUAGGGAUAUAUUAUACGAAUUACGUAAAAUUAAAAAAUAUGAUUUGUAUAAUAAUAAUAAUAAUAAUAAUAGUGAGUAAUCAUUAUGAACACGCUGUGCGACCUAAUAUGAAUAAAAUUGGUAGAAAAUGUUGAUGUUUAAUAUUAAAAUAUUAUACUAUACGAUAUAAAUAUGCAUUGAAACUAAAUCAGAUCCGAGCGCAGUAGCAAAUUAAAGGGGAGGAGUGUGAGGUAUCAAUGCAUAAUCACGAGCUAUUUAUGAGUUCAUGUUUAAUUAAAUAAUAUUUUUUAUGAU